CUACCUGUCCUGUGACCGCCGUCUGUUCCGCUGUGGCUCUGAUCUGAUUAGAAGCUUUGGAGCUCGCCAGCAGCGAGGACCGACCGAGCCGGGCGGCACCGGCACAAGGACGGAACGUCACGCCGCCGCUCUCGCUCGUUCGUCGGCCGGCCACCCCUCCCCGCCCUGCGUCCCACUCGAUCGUUUCCAAUGGAUACCCGCAAGGCGCCCGCCUGGGUGUUCCUGGUGCCGCUCCUCUUGGGCGCCUCUCGGGCUUCCCAGUUCCCCUCCCAGCUCCUGAUUAAAGAUUGGGUUGAUCAGAUGCAGAAAGAGCUCGUCACCCUUGCAGACACGGCCACGGCUGGAAAGAGUCUUACACAGAUUUUCCUAAGGAACAAGCACCUCUACACCGUGGAGCAAAACGACGCCGAGGAGUUGGUGGCCCGAGCGGCCAGGAGCAUCGAACAGCUGCUCCGCAAGCGCUCCGCAGCCCUGGAGAAACUGGCUACAGCCGCCGAGAAGUUCCAGAUGAAACAUCAGUGGAAAGACGAGUAUGAGGAUGAUGAAAUUGCGUACUACAAUUCCAAGGACAAUCUGGAUUCGAACGACACGGAGGGUCGCAAAUACCGACUCCGGCCUGACUUCAAGGAAGACCCGUCGUUCCGGCGUCUCACGGACUACGGCCACACGGCCGUGCACAUCCCCACCGACAUCUACGACGGCUCCACCAUCGUGCUGAACGAGCUGAACUGGACCGAGGCCCUCGAGGACGUGUUUAAGAGAAACAGGGAGGAUGAUCCCACGCUUCUCUGGCAGGUGUUUGGGAGCGCGACCGGUCUGGCCCGCUAUUACCCAGCGUCUCCGUGGAUGGAUGCCCGCAAGACGCCCAGUAAAAUUGACCUGUACGAUGUACGCAGGAGACCGUGGUACAUCCAAGGAGCCGCCUCGCCCAAAGACAUGCUCAUCCUGGUGGACGCGAGCGGCAGCGUUUCGGGCCUGACGCUCAAGCUGAUCCGGACGUCCGUCAGCGAGAUGCUGGAGACGCUGUCCGACGACGACUACGUCAAUGUGGUUUACUUCAACACCAUGGUGAAGAAGACGGCGUGUUUCGAGCAUCUGGUCCAGGCCAACGUGAGGAACAAGAAGCUGCUGAAGGAUGCGGUGCAGAACAUCACGGCCAAGGGCAUCACCAACUACACCAAGGGAUUCGAAUUUGCAUUUCAGCAGCUUGCGGCGACGAACAUAAGCAGGGCAAACUGCAACAAGAUCAUCAUGCUGUUUACUGAUGGAGGAGAAGAACGAGCGCGGGCCAUACUGGAGAAAUACAAUGCGGACAAAAAAGUCCGCAUUUUCACCUUCUCCGUGGGACAGCACAACUACGACAAAGGACCCAUUCAGUGGAUGGCCUGCACCAACAAAGGUUACUUCUAUGAGAUUCCUUCCAUUGGAGCCAUAAGAAUCAACACUCAGGAAUAUCUGGACGUUUUGGGCCGACCCAUGGUUCUGGCGGACAAGCAAGCCAAGCAAGUGCAGUGGACAAACGUGUACCUCGACGCACUGGAACUGGGUCUGGUCAUUACCGGGACCCUUCCCGUCUUCAAUAAGACCAAAACCAAAGACGACAGGAACGGCGAGCACCAAAACCAGCUCAUUCUCGGCGUGAUGGGCAUCGACGUGUCUCUGAAUGACAUCAAGAAGCUCACGCCGCGUUUCACGAUCGGUCCCAAUGGCUACUACUUUGCCAUCGACCCCAACGGCUACGUCCUGUUGCACCCCAAUCUCCAGCCGAAGAAUCCUAAAUUCCAGGAGCCGGUCACCCUCGACUUCCUGGAUGCCGAGCUGGAGAAUGACAUUAAAGUCGAGAUCAGGAGAACGAUGAUCGAUGGCGAGACGGGCGAGCGCACCAUUCAGACCCUGGUGAAAACUCAGGACGAGAGAUACAUUGAUCGAGGAGUAAGAACAUACACGUGGGCGCCGGUCAAUGGAACAGAUUACAGCCUGGCUCUGGUUCUGCCGAAAUACAGCGAGCACUUCAUCCAAGCCAAACUGGGCGAUGACAUCAAGCAAGCGAUGUUGAUGGAAACUCUGCAGCUGGAGAACUUUGACAACUACGGUCACACCUUCAUCGCUCCACGGGAGUACUGCAAAGAGCUGACGUUGUCGCUCAACAACACCCAGUUUCUCCUCGAUUUCAACCAGUACAUUGAUAGGAACACUCCAGAUGCAUGUAACGUGUCCCUCGUGAGUCGACUCAUCCUGGACGCCGGCCUGACAGCCGAGCUGGUCGACUUGUGGAAGGAGCAGAAAGUGAACGGGACCGUGGCCAGGUUUGUAGCCACAGACGGAGGAAUCACAAGAGUCUUCCCGAGAAGUGCCAGCGAGGAGUGGAUAGAAAACCCCGAGACGUACGAGUCCAGUUUUUACAAAAGAGCCCUGGACAACGACGUGUAUAUUUUCACGGCUCCGUUGUUUACCAUUGCGGCAGAAGGCAGGGAGAGCGUGUCCGAGUCUGGUAUCCUCGUCAGCAAAGCCGUGGAGCUCACCGUCAAUGAAGUCACGCUUAAGCCGGCAGUUGUGGGAGUGAAACUCAAUGUCACGUUCUGGAUGAACAGCUUCAUAAACGCCACACUUAAAGAGAACUGCAAAGAUGAGAUCUGUGGCUGUUUGAGGAAUGACAAGCACGUCGACUGUGUGAUCCUGGAUGACGGUGGAUUUCUGCUCAUGUCCAACCAGGAUGAUUACAUUAGCUUGAUAGGUCAGUUCUUCGGCGAGGUGGAUCCCGUGCUGAUGAUCAACCUGGUCAACACGUCUCUGUACUCCUUCAACAAGACCUACGACUACCAGUCUGUCUGCGACCCGGAGAAAGACAGCAAGGCUGCGGCGGGGCCUCGCUCUGUGUUUGUGCCAACCGUAGCCGACUUGCUCAGUGUUGGCUGGUGGGCCUCCACUGCUGCCUGGUCUAUACUCCAGCAGCUCCUCUAUGGCCUCAUUUUCCCUAAUCUCCUGGAGGCAGCGGAGUCAGCCGACGAGGACAUCCCCGACGCCAUGUUCAAGGAAAGCUGCAUCACGGAGCAGACGCAGUACUUCUUUGACAACGACGAAAGAUCCUACUCGGGGGUUCUCGACUGCGGAAAUUGUUCCCGGAUGUAUCGAGCCGAGAAGUUGCCCAACACCAACCUGGUGUUCCUCAUCACCGACGCCAAGGCCACGUGUUUGUCAUGCGACCCCCGACCCCUGCGACAGGCCGAGCAACCCUCUGAAGGUCCGGAUCCAUGUGAGUUGGCCCAGAACCCGAGGUACCGCAAAGGGCCCGACGUGUGCUUCGACAACAACGAAAGUGACGAGCCGUUGUGUCCAAUCAGCCGAGGGGCCACACUGAGCUCCUCAGACCUCCUCUUGUUUCUGCUCCUGCCGCUGCUGCUGCUGCUGCUGAACCUUUUGGGAAGACGACUCUGAUUGCGGCGGCGGGGCCGACCUGAGGCCGAGCCUUCGGGCCACCCUGGUGGCCCAGCUGCUUCUGCUGCUGUGGCUCGGCGCGCCGCUUCGGCGCUCGUGACGCGUGGAAAUGCGUUCGUAGAGGAGAACGAGGCGGCGAAAACGCCCUCACCGAGUGAAAGUCUCAUGUCACGCGAGGAGGGCCGAGGACGCCACCCGGGGGGACGGUAUGCGGAUGAUUUGCAAACGGUGUUAAUUUCUUCGCAGUAUCGGCGUCUUCAUUUUUCCGAUGCCAAAGGUUUCUCGCUCAUUUCCUUCGCGUUUCCUUUUCAACGACGAGGCCGCUCGACUGGUUCUCGUGCCGUACCCCAAACGAUUCUCCCGCGGGGUGCGAGGGUAAGCGCCAACCAAACCCUUUAAGUCGGUUUCAUUUUUCGCAGACUGUGCGCUCACUGACAGCGUUGAUUUGUGUAGUUGUUGCUAUCGUUUGUAUUUAUUGCGUGUGACGGGUGAAUAAUUCCCGGACCCUUCCUCUGUUUUUUGUUGUUAUUGAGUAUCUUAAAAAUGUACUGUACCUGCUCAACAGGCAUUUUUGCUACUAGCUCAGUGUUGUAUCGUUGCGGCGUGCGCUUCAUAUCAAGCAAAAGAUAAUACAGUAAUUUGAGCCCUAACGUGAAAAUACCGAAAAUGUGCUUAUUGAAUCCAUCGAUAUACCACCAAGUAUUAUCCCAAAACGCUUGAUCAUUUCAAACUCAUUUUACAUUAGCCUGAAAAACAAAUGUGGCACAGAUUAUUUGAUAUUUGACAAAAAUAUACCUGAACCGGGCAAUCCGGUUUCCUCCCACAUCCCCAAAAAAAAACAUGCAACAUUAAUUGGACACUCUAAAAAUUGCCCGUAGGUGUGAUUGUGAGUGCGGCUGUUCGUCUCGAUGUGCCCUGCGAUUGGCUGGCGACCGGUUCACGCUGUACCCCGCCUGCCUCCUGCCCGUCGACAGCUGGGAUAGACCCCAGCGCUCCCCGCGACCCUCGUGAGGAUAAGCGGCGAAGAAAACGGAUGCAUGGAUACACCAGAACUGCACGUGCACAUGUUGGCAAAAACUUUUCCGAGCAACCAAAUCUAUGACUCCUCCCUGACAUAAAGCCCUUCCUCGUCACUCAAUAUGUAUCGCUUGAAAUACUGUACUUCCUUGAGACCAAUUCUUCUUUAGAUAAGGCUUUGACACCAUCUUGAGGAGUUUUAGGGUGUAAAAGAAAAAAAAAACUUUUUACGGCAAACGACUGGGUCUAAAAAUAAAUCAAUCACCGAUCGAGCUUUUCAUAACUUUGUAAACAAUAAGCGCCAGGGGACUUCUGGGUGGUAAAAAGUGAUUUAGCGGCCCCUCGAUGAUCACGCUGAGUAUAUUUUCAAUCGGCUUUGUUUUUAAAUCGUAAAUUACAGCUGGCGUUCCAUCUCCCUUGGAAGCAAUUUACUUCACGUGACAUGCCCAUUUUUUUUUUUUCAACUGACGUCACACAUACAAACAACGGCGGUCGAGAAGAAGGCUAAACAUCAUCCUUCAAGCUAUUAACUCGUUUUAUUUUUAUUUUUUCAAUCGCUUUGCUUUGCUAAAAUGACAGGAAAGGGUUUGUGGACUACCGGUGGGGCCGUUACAAGAUGGACGCCUCUUGCCGCCGGGCAGUACGUGUGACGUCAUGGUGUAAAAGCUUUUUUCAGUGAAUUUUAAACAGGAAUUGCUGUACCUUGAGUCUGACACCAAAGCGCUACGUGAUAUCCAGAAACGACACUGAAACCAAACAUUAUGAAAUCCCUCAGAAUCGGGUGUGGACAUGCUCAGACACCAUCCGCAGUUUGGUCUUGGCCUGUCCUUAAUUUGAUGAAUUGAACACCCAGUGCCUACAUCUUAGCUCAGACGCCCCUUUUUUUCCCACUGAACAGUACCUCGACUCGCUAUAGAGCUCGUGCACCUACGUCAUAAAAUCACGUGACUUUUGUUUACAUAUUGCCGGUCUAGCAAAGCAUUGUUCAAUGCUAAGUCGGUUGGAGAUGACACCAAAAUAUGUCUCCCAGAGUUUUGUCCGAUACUGGUAAACAUUUAGAAGGUAAUAAUAACUGAAGGUACGUGGAAAAAUUAGAUAAACUCGGCAUAGAAGACCUGUACUCAAUCCCAAGUCGAUGUUUUCGCCGAUAAGAAAUUGGACCGUUAAUUCGCUUCCGCUCGUCUUGGACAACCGGAUCUACACGUGGAUCCGGUGAGUAACUCGUUGAGAUUCACACGGAACAGUUGGAAAGCGUAGAAAAGUCUGGACGCAUACGAAUACUCUGUUGCUGGAUGUGGAUCGAUCUACAGCGUGUAUUCAAUACAAAUACCAAUAUUUAAAUAAAUGACCCCUGGUUUUACACAAACUCCCAUUCAUUAACUGUGAUUGAAAAAAAAAAAAAAAGACGACGGGUUUUCGGAUUGUGGAUGCGGAGGUUUGUUCGGCGACAUGUUAACCUUGGCCGGAAUCCAUCGAUCUUUUCAGCUAGUAUUCAAUAGAAAUACCAACAUUAAAAUACAUGACCCCUGCUUUUACACAAACUCGCAUUCAUUAACUAUGAUUGGAAAAAAAAAAGACAGGGAGUCAAUUCCUCCGUACACGGAAGCGUGUUACGGCCACACUUAACCUCCGUAAACCUCUGCGACAGAAGAAUAAUUCCUACCUGCGUUCGCUACACAGGCGUGUGUGUAUUUUGGUUGGGCACCAUCCAUCACGUUUAAUUGCCGAAAUCCAUCAUUCAACGUCCCCCACAACGUCGAGCAGCUGUUCGACUGGCAAUACGGCGCCGUGAAAACGGCGACGUCACGUGCACGAGCUCUAUUGACGGGGACAAGUUACCGUCUCUAGUUUCUGGUCCAACCGUUUGUGUAACGAUGACAAAAAUGCUCACGUGAGUUCGCCCCGUUGCUGAGUCCUUCGUUUCACCCAAUGCGGGUUAAUAUUCCGGGCUUCAGUCUCCGCUUAGCUGUAGCUGCCCUAAGUCGUCCCUGGAAUCAAAUUUGUCAGCCCCAAAGUGAAGGGAGGCGAGUGAAGCCGAGCUGGUUUAGUGCUCUGAAAAUGCGAGCAAACGGAAGAAGCAAUUUGUAAGUACAAUUUCAUGUGUCAUACAUAUUGAUGACCUCUGGUUGCGAAUCACUAGUCCAAAGCGUGUUGCCCAUGAGUCAGUUCUCAAGAGAAUUUGGGAUGAUUUAAUUCAAAAAGUAAUUCAUCAAAUGUGCAUUUUGGUGGUUUUACUACUUCUGGCAAUGGUUUACCUCGUCCAAGCACAAAAACAGAUUUUGAUCUCCGCUGGAAUAAUGCCAGAAUAUUGGUGGGGAUCCAGAUUUAUUCAGCCUGGUCUGAGUCACCAUUGGAACUGUCCCAUCCCUGUCCACAAUCAAGAACAUUUUUAACCCCUUUUGGCAUCUUCCGAUUAACCACUCGCAGUCGGCUCGACGUAAACGCCACCUAUUUUAAAACAUUUUUGCCUAAAUCACAUUCUUGUUUUUGGAUCGUAGUUACUUUGGUAGCUAGCACGAUUAGGCACAAACACAUUUGAAUGAAAAGUGUGUAUCGAAGUAGUGCAUGGACCAUGGAAAACCUUGUUAGAAUAUUAGUGCAGAUUGUGGAAUUUACCUCCACUUUUUUUUUUUUUUUUUGCUAUCAUAUUCCAUUUGCAUUGGGGCCAAGUGAAUUUAAAACCACUGAGUUCGGUGAAGACUCGCCACCUGGAGGACGGGAGUGGAAAAAUCGUUAGCAUCUGCAUUAAUGUUUUAAAUUACGAAUCUCAAUCCUGCACUGCCCGGAACAUCAAAAAUGUUGCGCCGUAAUAUUUUGCGGUGCUCAUUUUUCUACCAAAUGAUUAGAGCGGUCUUAAUCAAUAUUUAAUGUAUAUAAUUUCCCACUAAAUUCUCUUGAGACGACAUUAGGGCCAAAAGAAUUCACUUCCUGUCUGGAUCCACCUCAGCCUGAAGUAGAGCUGAGUUCACGCUCCAACAUCUCCCUUCGUUUACUUUCUAUUUUGCGUGUGCGUCACCCAACUCAGGAGCCAAAACGACUUGUGAAUGAGCUCAAUAUCAAACACGACUGUUGCUUUGUUUUCCCGCCGCUCCGUCCCGCCUCUUCCUGCUCGUUUCCUCUCCGUUGUUUCCGCGACUAAAAAGUGCUGUGACGCGGACGCCGGGCCGAGGCCUCGGCGUCCAAAUGCUGCAAUGUUACCCGGGGUGAGCUUCUUUUCGGUUUUGUUUUUUGAAAUGUCCGUCGUGUUUCGAGCGCUCUCGUGGUCAGCAUCAGGGCUCGCUGGAGAGAACGCGUGAGGAAAAAGGAAUCAGCGUUGGUCCAAUAUUGCCUUACCUCGCCGUUUGAAUCAGCGUCGUGGUCGCCACGCGCAUGCCUUCUGAGGUUUUGAGUUCUCUCCACCUCGCCCUUCGUGUUGAGCUGCCGGUGCUACGUGUGUAGGUGAUGCCUGUUUAUCAAAAGUGUUGACGUGUGUUUUAGCCAGCGGAGUGGGCGCGGAGAGGGCGUCGCGUCUUAUCGAAGCGCAGGCAUGUUGGUGUGCCCCCCACCCCUCCCCCUCCUACUCUUCCAUGCUAUCCAAUCGUGCUUUCAUACUGUACAUUAUUUACUCUUUUGUGGAACUUGACUAUAGCCUGACUACAUUUUUGUAUACAUUUGUACACUAUUUACUGUAUAAAAGAGGAGAAAUAACAGAAAGGUGAAAAAAUGUUUAUAACACGGUGUUGAAUAUUGUGCAGAUAUAUUCACAAUAAAAGUGUC